AUGAAUGUUGUGUUACUAUCUUGCGGUCACAAUAAACGAUGGAAACGACAUAGUAUCGCGGUAUUUAAUCGUGGUAAUAACUUAAUAAAUAUAAAUGAUGUUGAAGGAAAUAAUUCAUCGCAUUCAUUAAUGCUACAAUCAUUGCAUCAAAAAGAUGUCAACGAACGACGAUUACCAGAGAAUUGCCGUGAUCGUUAUGUGAUUAGACGAUUGGCCAAAUCAUCCGAUGGCAUAACAAUAACAGAUUUGGAAUUAUUACGAAAAACAUUUAUGGAACGAUUCAAUAAUUGUAAGGAACAUUCAGAAAGAAUUUAUGAAUUGAAAAGUGCAAUUUGUGCUACAAAUGAAAUUCAAAUUUGCUCACGUAAUCCUCAGUGGUUAACUCAAUAUCAAUAUAUUUUAAAUUGGUGUUAUUGUCAAAUGAGAUUUAUUAGCAAUCCUGCAGAAAGACUUCGAUUAUUUCUUGAAGUUAAGGAAAAAUACCGGAAGAUGUUCGAAAUUCUAAGAGAUGUUGAUGAUGCUAAUAAAUUAUCAUCUUAUCUUCAUUGGUCACAACUAUGCUAUCAGUACGCUGAACUUGUUGAUCGAGAAUCCUUAUCAUGGUGUAUCGAAGCAGUUAUCAAUGCAAAAAAUGCCUUAUUUAUAUCAUCAUCAUCAUCACGAUCAUCAACGAUAUCCGGAAAAACGGAUUGUAGUAGAUCAAAUCGAUCAUCAACCAGUAAUAGUAUAAGUAGUAAUGAACAAAUGGAAAGUAUAAGAUCAGAGAAUCAACGACGAGUUAAAAUAGCUACUAUUGGAUUAAUUCAAAGUAAUGUAUUAAAAGCUGAAAAUGUUUAUGCGUGUUGUUUAAAAAAUCGAUUAAAGAUAGUUUUGUAA